AUGGCUCCGAGGCACCGCGGAAACAAGUCGACAAGCCUGGGACAUGGUCUCGAUAAAGAAAUAUACCAGGCAAUCCGCAGGCUGGAUGAACAGCACCUGGAAGGAACAGGGGAGCCUCUGCCUUUAUAUACGCAUAUUUUAUACGAUAAAUUACGGCGAUCAAAUUCAGUUUUAAAUCGCAGGCCAAAGAAGGUGUUGGAAGAUAGCAUUGAAAGGGUGCUGGAAUUAUUGAAACAGGACCGAGCAGCAGAAGACGAUGCUGAUAUUAUAGAGGGAGACUUUGAUGGCCUCGAGGAGACCAAACAACCUGAGGAACUAAAUGGUCUCAAUAAGAGCAUCGUGAACAUGUGGGCGCCUCAGGCCAAAUCUGUAUCGUCCCCGCAGAAGGGUUCAGAAAACAUAACACCAGAUAUAUCUUCGACACGGGUGACAGCAAGCAAACGUCGCGUAGUAGGGGGGGAAUCGGCACCGAAAAGACGAAAACCAGAGAGCUCAAUUGAUAAAUCGCCGCCAUCACAUGUGAGCUUGGCUGAUCUGGGAGGGGUGGACGAUGUCAUCCAGCAACUAGAAGAGCUGAUUGUUCUUCCAAUGACACGGCCACAGAUAUUUUCUGCAUCAAACGUACAACCUCCUCGAGGAGUACUGCUUCAUGGACCGCCUGGUUGUGGUAAAACAAUGAUCGCCAAUGCGUUUGCGGCUGAGUUAGGGGUGCCCUUCAUUGCGAUAUCUGCGCCAUCAAUAAUCUCAGGGAUGUCCGGUGAAUCAGAAAAAGCACUGCGUGAUUACUUUGAAGAAGCCAAGAAGGUGGCGCCCUGUCUAAUAUUUAUGGAUGAAAUUGAUGCUAUCACGCCGAAGCGUGAGAGUGCACAGCGGGAAAUGGAGAAACGGAUUGUUGCCCAACUGCUCACCUGUAUGGACGACUUGGCUUUGGCGAAAACCGACGGGAAACCCGUAAUUGUGUUGGCAGCUACCAACCGUCCCGACAGCCUUGAUCCUGCAUUGCGCCGUGGAGGCCGAUUUGAUAAGGAAAUCAACCUGACAGUACCCAGCGAGCCCGUAAGAGAACAGAUCCUCCGGGCUUUAACUAGGGAAAUGAAUCUGGCGGAUGACCUGGAUUUUAAAUUCCUUGCAAAGGGGACUGCGGGCUUUGUUGGCGCUGACUUGAACGACUUGGUUUCGACUGCUGCAACCGCUGCUAUAAAACGGUACCUAGAUCUGUUAAAAUCCGCUACUGGCGAAGAAAUGGAUAUUGAAGAACUACCUCCGGUUGGAGUGAGCAAGAAAGUUAUGGAACUGCGCCAGCUCAUAAAGCGUGCCCGUGAGACACCUCACGAAGCUGAUCCGCAGAUAUACGUGUCCAACGAAGACUUCCUCACUGCUCUUCCCAAGAUUCAACCGUCUUCCAAACGAGAAGGGUUUGCAACUAUCCCUGCCACCACCUGGGCUGAUAUUGGAUCCCUUGGCUCUGUACGCGAAGAACUUGUUACAGCCAUUGUCGAACCGAUACGAAACCCUGAGAUUUACUCUCGAGUCGGAAUAUCUGCACCUACCGGUGUCUUACUCUGGGGUCCACCGGGUUGUGGUAAGACUCUGCUUGCAAAGGCUGUGGCCAAUGAGUCUCGAGCAAACUUCAUUAGCAUCAAGGGUCCUGAAUUACUUAACAAGUAUGUGGGAGAGUCUGAACGUGCUGUUCGACAGGUUUUCUCUCGAGCCCGGUCUUCGAUUCCAUGUGUAAUCUUUUUCGAUGAACUAGAUGCUCUGGUCCCUCGACGGGAUGAUACCAUGUCAGAAGCGUCGGCACGCGUCGUUAAUACGCUACUUACAGAGCUUGACGGGCUUGGAAGCUCGAGAAACGGUAUAUAUGUGAUAGCUGCUACCAACAGGCCUGAUAUAAUUGAUCCAGCCAUGCUGCGUCCUGGUCGCCUUGAAACACUGUUGUUCGUGAACUUGCCAGGACGAGACGAGCGAGCAGAAGUGCUACGGACACUCAUACGAAAAUUGCCUAUUGAAAUGACAGAUGAGCUAGCAGAGCUUGCUCGAUCAUGCGAAGGGUUUAGCGGAGCGGACCUGGGCUCUUUACUACGGCGAGCGGGUUAUUCCGCGAUUAAGAGAAGAGAUACAAUUAAAUUCGAAGACUUUGUUGCUGCAAAGCGAGAGAUACGGCCUAGUGUAACGGAUAUGAAGAAAUAUGAAAGCCUUAAGAAGCACUGGGGAGGUGGUAGUGCUUUUUAG